AUGGGUAAGCGCUUAGAUGCAUAAUUCUAGAACAUUAUGUUUUCACAUACAGCAAUGGCGUUUCUCAGUUUGGCAGAGUGGCUAAACAAGGAAGUGGAGGCCCUUCAGUAAAUGUCAUGCUAUGUCAGAUAGUGUAUAUAGACUCUGUUCUUGUUUCUGUGUGUACACAGGAGACAGCUGUUGCAACCCUCUCAGCAUGGGCUCCAUAAAGAAGAUGAUCGAGGAAGCAAUCCCUGGCAUUGACGUCCUGUCCCUGAUGAUUGGCAAGACUGUCAUUCAGGUACUUUCCACUCUCCAUGAACCUAUCUCAGUGGCAGGGCUAGCGCCAGAACGAAUCAGUUGGAUGGGCAUUUGAUUUCCAUAGGCGGGCACUUUUUUUUUCAAGGGACCCCCUAUGUGAUUUAAAAAAAUGGUUGUUAUAGUAAAGACCCGUUUCAAAUUUGGGGACGCUUACAAUUUAUCCGACCAUUUCUACCGAUCUGUGUGCCAGUUAUGAUUAUUUUUAUAUGCACAUUUUUGUGGAACAGUUUCAUUUCUAUAACAACGUUUCUGUUUCUCAAAAUCAUUGUCACGUGGUUAAUCAUAAAAAUCUGAAUUAAAAUGAUGAAAAUCUAAAAGUUUAAAUUCAACUAAUGCGAGAGCACCAUACUCUGCAAUAUGGACACAUUGAUACACCAAGAGCCAUUGGCAGCUAAAGAAAUUAACGCAUGGAACUCAGAGAUAGCCUAUAGGCCAAUGCAGCAGUAUGCCUAUAACUUCCAUUGUCAACUAAGUAAAAUAAAGCCUUAAGCCGAUAAAUAAAAACAGUAGAAAAUAUCCUGAUAUUCAGGUUAUUUCAAUCGCAUUCAUCUCUGUACUCCGCCUGUCCGCCUCCCUUUCUAUCAGUCUUGACUUGAGCUACAGUGGGGAGAACGAGUAUUUGAUACACUGCCGAUUUUGCAGGUUUUCCUACUUACAAAGCAUGUAGAGGUCUGUAAUUUUUAUCAUAGGUACACUUCAACUGUGAGAGACGGAAUCUAAAACAAAAAUCCAGAAAAUCACAUUGUAUGAUUUUAAAGUAAUUCAUUUGCAUUUUAUUGCAUGACAUAAGUAUUUGAUCACCUACCAACCAGUAAGAAUUCCGGCUCUCACAGACCUGUUAGUUUUUCUUUAAGAAGCCCUCCUGUUCUCCACUCAUUACCUAUAUUAACUGCACCUGUUUGAACUCAUUACCUGUAUAAAAGACACCUGUCCACACACUCAAUCAAACAGACUCCAACCUCUCCACAAUGGCCAAGACCAGAGAGCUGUGUAAGGACAUCAGGGAUACAAUUGUAGACCUGCACAAGGCUGGGAUGGGCUACAGGACAAUAGGCAAGCAGCUUGGUGAGAAGGCAACAACUGUUGGCGCAAUUAUUAGAAAAUGGAAGAAGUUCAAGAUGACGGUCAAUCACCCUCGGUCUGGGGCUCCAUGCAAGAUCUCACCUCGUGGGGCAUCAAUGAUCAUGAGGAAGGUGAGGGAUCAGCCCAGAACUACACGGCAGGACCUGGUCAAUGACCUGAAGAGAGCUGGGACCACAGUCUCAAAGAAAACCAUUAGUAACACACUACGCCGUCAUGGAUUAAAAUCCUGCAGCGCACGCAAGGUCCCCCUGCUCAAGCCAGCGCAUGUCCAGGCCCGUCUGAAGUUUGCCAAUGACCAUCUGGAUGAUCCAGAGGAGGAAUGGGAGAAGGUCAUGUGGUCUGAUGAGACAAAAAUAGAGCUUUUUGGUCUAAACUCCACUCGCCGUUUUGGAGGAAGAAGAAGGAUGAGUACAACCCCAAGAACACCAUCCCAACCGUGAAGCAUGGAGGUGGAAACAUCAUUCUUUGGGGAUGCUUUUCUGCAAAGGGGACAGGACGACUGCACCGUAUUGACGGGAGGAUGGAUGGGGCCAUGUAUCGCGAGAUCUUGGCCAACAACCUCCUUCCCUCAGUAAGAGCAUUGAAGAUGGGUCGUGGCUGGGUCUUCCAGCAUGACAACGACCCGAAACACACAGCCAGGGCAACUAAGGAGUGGCUCCUUAAGAAGCAUCUCAAGGUCUUGGAGUGGCCUAGCCAGUCUCCAGACCUGAACCCAAUAGAAAAUCUUUGGAGGGAGCUGAAAGUCCGUAUUGCCCAGCGACAGCCCCGAAACCUGAAGGAUCUGGAGAAGGUCUGUAUGGAGGAGUGGGCCAAAAUCCCUGCUGCAGUGUGUGCAAACCUGGUCAAGACCUAUAGGAAACGUAUCAUCUCUGUAAUUGCAAACAAAGGUUUCUGUACCAAAUAUUAAGUUCUGCUUUUCUGAUGUAUCAAAUACUUAUGUCGUGCAAUAAAAUGCAAAUUCAUUACUUAAAAAUCAUACAAUGUGAUUUUCUGGAUUUUUGUUUUAGAUUCCGUCUCUCACAGUUGAAGUGUACCUAUGAUAAAAAUUACAGACCUCUACAUGCUUUGUAAGUAGGAAAACCUGCAAAAUCAGCAGUGUAUCAAAUACUUGUUCUCCCCACUGUAAAUGGGCACUUUCCUACAUUUGCAUGCAGCAGGCCAGGUAGGCCAACUUUGCACUCCCUUAACGUUAUCAGGACAGAGAAACCAGUCACAUACUCAUUGCUCACAUGGAGCACUCCAAAGAAAAGACAAUGAAAACAUUUACAAAACUUGUAAAUGAUGGUUAUGAAAUAAACCAAAACUUGUUUCUCACAAGUGUAGCAAGUUGUGAAUUCUGCAAACAACAUUUCCACUCCGAGAAUGAGAACGGUAAAUGACUGUAAUUAAUACAUGCAUUCACAGAAAUUAAUGAAACCAAAUGACAGGGAUUAAAGGUACAUUUACUAUGCCUACUGGUGACAUACAGUGCAUUCGGACCCCUUGACUUUUUCCACAUUUUGUUAUGUUACAGCCUUCUUCUAAAAUGGUUUUAAAAUGUAAACAAAUCUCAAAUCUACACACUACCCCAUAAUGACAAAGCGAAAACAGGUUUUUAGAAUUGUUUGCAAAUGUAUUAAAAAUUAAAAACAGAAACAUUAUUUACAUAAGUAUUCAGACCCUUUGCUAUGACACUCGAAAUUGAGCUCAGGUGCAUCCUGUUUCCAAAUUCAAUUGAUUGAACAUGAUUUGGAAAGGCACACACCUGUCUAUAUAAGGUCCCACAGUUGACAGUGCAUGUCAGAGCAAAAACCAAGCCAUGAGGUCAAAGGAAUUGUCCGUAGAGCUCCUAGACAGGAUUGUGUCGAGGCACAGAUCUGGGGAAGGGGACCAAAAAUGUUGGCAGCAUUUUUGGUCCCCAAGAACACAGUGGCCUCUAUCAUUCUUAAAUGGAAGAAGCUUGGAACCACCAAGACAUUUCCUAGAGCUGGCCGCCCAACCAAACUGAGCAAUUGGGGGAGAAGGGCCUUGGUCAGCAAGGUGACCAAGAACCCGAUGGUCACUCUGACAGAGCUCCAGAGUUCCUCUGUGGAGAUGGGAGAUCCUUCCAGAAGGACAACCAUCUCUGCAGCACUCCACCAAUCAGGCCUUUAUGGUAGAGUAGCCAGACGGAAGCCACUCCUCAGUAAAAGGCACAUGACAGCCCGCUUGGAGUUUGCCAAAAGGCACCUAAAGGACUGACCAUGAGAAAGAAGAUUCUCUGGUCUGAUGAAACCAAGAUUGAAUUAUUUGGCCUGAAUGCCAAGCAUCACAUCUGGAGGAAGCCUGGCACCAUCCCUACGGUGAAGCAUGGUGGUGGCAGCAUCAUGCUGUGGGGAUGUUUUUCAGCGGCAGGAACUGGGAGACUAGUCAGGGUCGAGGGAAAAGAUGAACGGAGCAAAGUACAGAGAGAUCCUUGAUGAAAACCUGCUCCAGAGCGCUCAGAACCUCAGACUGGGGCGAAGGUUCACCCUCCAAAAGGACACAGACCCUAAACACACAGCCAAGACAAUGCAGUAGUGGCUUCGGGACAAGCCUCAAUGUCCUUGAGUGGCCCAGCCAGAGCCUGGACUUGAACCCGAUAGAACAUCUCUGGAGAGACCUGAAAGUAGCUGUGCAGUGACGCUCCUCAUCCAACCUGACAGAGCUUGAGAGGAUCUGCAGCAAAGAAUGGGAGAAACUCUGCAAAUACAUGUGUGCCAAGCUUGUAGCGUCAUACCCAAGAACACUCGAGGCUGUAUUCACUGCCAAAGGUGCUUCAACAAAGUACUGAGGAAAGGGUCUGAAUACUUAUGUAAAUGUGAUAUUUCAGUUUAUCAAUGUUAUUUUUUUUUCUACAAACCUGUUUUGCUUUGUCAUUAUGGUGUCUUGUGUGUAGAUUGAGGAAAAAAACAUUCUAAUCCAUUUUAGAAUAAGGCUGUAAUGUAAGGAAAUAGUCAAGGGGUCUGAAUACUUUCCGAAUGCACUGUAUGUAAUUGGGAAUUGAUAAAAAUAAACAAUCAAAGGGCAAACAAUUCACACAAUGAAACAAUGAAUGCGCAAUAAUUGGCAGGAGACAGCUGAGCGCAUUCUAGAGAACUGAGUGCAUGCAUUUUGGAGCGAGACGCCCCAUAUUUUCAUCCCAUACCCCUCCCCUUUUGCUUGUCUCAACAUUUAAAAUGAUACUCAAGACAUUCUGGGCCCCGUGUAGCUCAGUUGGUAGAGCAUGGCGCUUGCAACACCAGGGUUGUGGGUUCGUUUCCCACGGGGGCCAGUAUGAAAAUGUAAGUCACUCUGGAUAAGAGCGUCUGCUAAAUGACAAAAAAAAAUUAUAAUAAUAAUUCUUGACACAUAAUUUAGACGCUUUUCACUAACUCAACUCAAUAAUCAGCUAGGCCUAUUGUCACGCGCGCUGCCCAAAUUACUGGCUUCCUAAAUAGGCAUAUGCCUACGCACUUGUGAACAAUCCACAGAUGAUUUUUUAAAAGAAGCUAAUGACCCUCUGUGGCUAAGUCGUGCUCUCUGAUGAAGUAUUUUUAAUGAUUUUAUUUAGACAGGAGUACUUAUAUAAUUUUGGCAAAACAUACAUUUACUUUAGUGGAAGCCAGCAUCCGAACAGUGCACUGUGCACCUGGCAACUUUCCUUUCCAAUUCAAGAAGCUGAAACGAGAUCUGUAUAUAAUAACGAGAUGCUCAUGUCUCCACCCUAACAAUGGGAGUCGUCCCAAAGGCAGGAAGGCAGGCCACAAGCUUAGGUCUGUAUAUUACGCCCAUAGAAACGCAUUAGGCUUAUUUUGGACAGAUUUUGGCAAUAGUACGCCCUCUCGCUUUGCCUCUUACUCUCUGCUGAAACUAUCUCACCGGAGAAAGCUUCUGAGUGAGCGAAACAGCGCCCCUCUGUCUUAAUAUAUGUAGCCCAUGUAUCUGAUGCUGUUUGGCCAGAAAUAGUAUGACAUGCCAUACUAUUUUUGUCCAGACAGUAUCAGAUACAUGGUCUACACAUACUGAGACAGUGGCGCUGUUUCGCUCACUCGGAUGCUUUUUCUGUGAUUGAUGCAUCUUUCUGUCGGCGAACAUCUCGGUCAAAUAAAUGAUCAAUAUUUUAUUUGGACGGGCAAGGAGGUACGGUAAGGUGGGCCAGGCCCCCUAAGGCCCAUCCAUAACUCCGGCCCUGCACGGUGGUGGACAGUCAUACCCUGUGGUGACCGGUGUGGAUGCUUGGCUUUGCUCCCGCCAAACAGUAACACACCUGUUCCUACUAAUGAAAGCUUUGAUUGAAGUUGAUUAGUAGAAUCAAGUGUGUAACUGCUUGGGGGCUGCAGCGACACUUGCACUCACCGGCCUUUGUAGAGUAAAAUAGCUCACCUCUGACCUAUUUUCUGAAAUGUGGUUUUCCUGUUUGCCAACUUUGUUACGUUCCCAACAUGAACUUCCUUGCCUCCUCAUAUCUACCCCUCAGGACACAGAGAAUGGUUUCUUCAUGGACGUCAAUGAGCAGGUGUCCAUGGUGUGCAGCCAGCUGGCCCAGGAUCCCAAGCUGAAGGAUGGCUACAAUGCCAUGGGCUUCUCCCAGGGAGGGCAGUUCCUGUAAGUGUCUCUGGGCCUGUUCUCACAAAGCCUCUCAGAAUGCUUUUUGAAUAGAAUGUCAGAGAUUGGGAAGGGCCACUCCGGUUCUGGAGAGCUGCAGUAUGUGCAGAUUCCAGCCCAACACUUUCACACUUAUUCAACAAAUCAAAUCAGGUGUUUCAUAGCUGAGGUGGAAUAAAAGCCUGCAGAAACUCAGGUCCUCAAGGAGUUGCCCAUCCCCGGUAAGCGGAAGAAUAUACUUUAUACAUGAGACAAGAAGCUGUAAUUCUCAGUUAUUCACCUUACCACCUCUUUUCCCCCUAGGAGGGCAGUGGCGCAGCGCUGUCCAUCUCCUCCAAUGAAAACCCUGAUCUCUGUUGGGGGACAACAACAAGGUAACGGCACCAUGGCAACAGUGCCUUGUCUCUAUUCAGCGACAUUGUCUUUCAUUCACUUCCUGACAGUUUUGUAAUGAUCAUAUUCUCCACAUUCGCAGGGGUGUAUGGUCUCCCUAAAUGCCCUGGAGAGAGCUCCCAUAUCUGUGACUGGAUUCGCAAGAAACUCAACUCAGGAGCCUACACCGAUAUUGUGCAAAAACAGUGAGUGUAGACUUACAACUAAUUCAGAGGGCAAUUGUUAUAUUCGAGACAAGUCGGCAACAACCAGAUAAACAUUAGGACAUAGUUACUGUACGUUUUGAGAGGAUGUGCAAAGAAUAGAGAGAGAAAGUGCUUUGUGUAUUGUGUGGUUGUUAUCUAGUGAUUCAUUUGGAAUCCUUGUCUUUAUCAGCUUGGUGCAGGCACAGUACUGGCACGACCCACUAAACGACGACCUGUACAAAAAACACAGCCUCUUCCUAGCUGAUAUCAAUCAGGAGCGGGUUAGUAUGGUGCUCUCCUUUUCAGAAUCAGACUUAUUUGAUUGAUUUAUGCUGUUUAUCUUCAAUAUUCUCCAUAACUGCAUUCCAAUUUAAUUUCAUUCAAUUCAUCUGCUGCAUUUCACCCCACAGGUGGUGAACGAGACUUACAAGAAGAACCUCCAACUGCUGCACAAGUUUGUGAUGGUCAAGUUCUUGCAAGACAGUGUUGUGGAUCCAGUUGACACCGAGGUAAAUACUGUACACAUUGUGAUAACCUCUCUUGAUGUACUGUCCUCCUCCUACACUGUAAUUACUGAUGCUAAUGGACAAUAUGUAUUUUGUAUGUCAUCUCUUUGUUGUAGUGGUUUGGUUUUCUGAAAACGGGUCAGGCAAAUGAGACCGAGACCCUUCAGGAGAGUGUUCUCUAUAAAGAGGUAAAACCCCAUCAUGUUUACGCAUCUUCAAACACAGACAUGUAUUUUCAUGUGUUCGAAUUAUAUACAUUAAUGUAUGUGAUAUUGAUAAAUGGUAUUGGUUUUCAGGAUCGUCUGGGACUGGCAGCGAUGGAGGCAGCUGGGAAGCUGGAUUUCCUGGCCACAGAAGGAGAUCACCUCCAGUUCACGGAUGAGUGGUUCAAUGCCAAACUAGUGCCUUACCUGCACUAAAUACACCUAGCUACCUACGCUCUGUUGACAUUAGUUGGCGUACGCACACACAUUACUAUUGCACUGAUCAUUCCUAUCAUAUCGAUACCAUCCUGCUGUUUAAAUCGAAUAAUGCACUGUUUAUGAUUUUAAAAACCGUUUUACCCAGUUAACGUACUACCAUAGAAAAAUUAAGUUGGUUCUCAGAUGCAAGAUGGUCUAAUUUGGAGAUAUCUAUUAAAGUUUAAAUGUAGGAUAAUUUGUUUAGCACUGUAUUUUGGAAUAAAAAUGCAAGUUAUAAUGCCAGGGUUGUGGGUUCGAUU